GAAGAUAUCGCCGCACGCGGAGUCCGAGCUUCCAGGGCCGUCGAGCGACCCCGGUGCGCUCGGCUCCAUCGCGUGCUCUGGCCUCGACAUCUGGCGAAGGCUCACUGGUACAGCGAGUACGUAAGGUGGCACUUCAUUUGCACGGCGUCUCCGGCCGAGGGGGAGGAUCUCGACCUCCGCUGGCAGAGAGCGUCCGGCAUGUGCAAAAACGGAGCAGUCCAGGUUCUCGACCAUCGCUCGCCGAGAGCGUCCGGAAUGCGGGAAGGCGGAGCAGUCCAGGUUCUCGACCUUCGCUCGCGGAGAGCGUACGGAACGUGGGAAAGCUGAUCAGUCCAGGUUCUCGACCAGCGCUCGCCGAGAGUGUGCGGAACGCAGGAAAGCGGAUCAGUCCAGGCGAAUCCGGACCAGCCCGGCAGCCGUCGCCUAAGCGAUCCAAGCGGCAGCCUUCCAACGGUAGAGAACAGGCAAGGGGUCCUCGCGUCGUUCUACUGCCGAAGGCCAAGGUGAAGCCGGAAAAGCUGGCGGUGCCGGUGAAGGAAGGCGCCGGAUCUCAGAAGAAGGCCUGCACGGCCGGUAAGGCUCCGCAGCCGCAACGAAUGCCGCUGAAGCUCGCAGACUCAGUUCCUCAAGGCCCUUUCGAAUGCUUGCGACAACCAUUUAUGCAAGUUCCCGAUUCCUGGAAUCCUGGAAGCAUGCGACCGGCGCCCGGUCGCGCGAUCUGCGGCAGCCGUAUCAGGGUCUGA